UGAGACAGGGUCUUGCUAAGUCACUAAGUUGCCUAGGCUGGGCUCGACCUUGGGCUCGUCCUCCCUCAGCUUCCCAGAAUGCUGGGAUGACAGGUGUAUGUUACCAUGCCCAGCCAGCAAAUUUUGACUUCUGCCAGAGGAGCCUGGGGCAGGUGUUUGGGGAGCCUGCCUCCCAGUGAAGCCAGGUGUCUCUGCUUCUUUCCUUGUCCUCCCAAAAGGCAGCCUUUUCCUGCUGAGGCUGAGCCCCUUCCCUGCCUCCCUUUGACCCCAAGGUGGGGCAGCUCAGGGCACCCCGCGGUGCGCCCCCUUUGAUCAAACUUCUUGUCCUGAGCUCCCAAGGCUAAAGCAAUCAACCUCAUGGAGGGUUGGGGAGGCAUCAGAGGUGGUUACCUCCCUGUGCCUCCUGCCACCUGAGUGACGCCCCUGCAGCUGGAGGGGCAGGGGACAAGCCGACCUUUCACUGAAGAGUUUGGCGCCGCAGGAGAGAGCUGCCCAGCCUGAGGAUGAGGGGGUCCCCGGCAGUUGUCUGGGCCAUCUGUGUCGCCUGCUUGCAGCACUCGGUGUUCCUACAGGUCCUCCCCAUCAGGUCGAACCAGGAUAGGCCACGCCCUGCGCUUGGAGUUUCGGCAGACAAGGUGGAGUGCUUCUCUGACUAUAUGACCCUGCAGAUUCCGAGCAGCCGCGUGGAGGGUUUGAGGCAGUGGCUGGGCAGAAUCCUACAGCUGCCAGUCUCCUGGAGGGCCCCCAGCCACCUGGAUCCUCUUCUUGCCCGAUGUGGCUACUUCCUGCAUCCCGCACCGGAUGGUGACUUCAUUUUCCGAGCUCGAUACUCGGCCUGCUUGGUGCGGAAGGAGAAAGAAAAUUACAGGUUGGAAAUCAGACUACUUCACACAGGGGUGAAAAGGCUGGAGCGGAGCAAAGGCUACAUAAUGAAGUGUCCAGCGGCUGUGUCCAGGCUGGGGCGACAGAGCGUCCACUGCAGCCCCACGUUCAUCCAGGUCUCCCGGCCUCUGCCCCUGAGGAGCAACAGUAGGCAGACCCCUUGGCUGCUGUCCCUUCGAGGGGAGCUGGUGGCCUCUCUGGAGGAUGCCAGUCUGAUGGGAUUAUACGUGGACGUCAGUGCCACCACGGUCACCGUCCAAAGCCCAAGACAAGAACUUCUUCAGAGGCGGGAGGUGCUGAACACGUCUGCAGAGCUCCUGCCACUCUGGCUGGUGAGCAGCCACUAUGCCUAUCCCCUGGAGGCUGUGUGCCCACCGGUGUCAUCCCAGCCAGGAUCGGAGGUCUUAGUCCACAUCCCCAGGCAGAGACUGGGCCUGGUCAAAAGAGGUUCCCACUUUGAGGAAGCCCUGAGCCUAAAAUCCCUCCGAGUGCACCAGUCCACCACCUUCACAGUGACUGAGAGCAGGGAUUUCGUGGUGGUCAGCAUCCCAGGGGCUCCGCUGCUCCAGGUCCGGCCGUGCCAGGAGGCCCAAGGAGCCCCGGGAAAGCAGGCCUUCUACAGCGUGGACCUGAGCCUGGAAUUUGCUGAGUCCGAGACCCCAGUGUUCUGGACGGUGGAAAACCACUUCCGGUGCAUGGGUUCAGGGACAGUGUCGCCUGCUUCGACAGAUGCAUUGAGGACAAGUCCCUCCUGGCCACCCCCAGAAUUGGCGACCCCUCCAGCAACAUCGCCACCCACUGCCUCUUUUCAGUCCCAGAACACAGCCCAGGCUGGCCCGGCCCAGCUGCAGCCAGAGCCUGGGCCGGUCCUGCAAACAGCCAGGCCUGCUGGAGGAAGCUGGGUGUCCGCUGCCUCCUUUUCCCCCAGCGUCACCUACCAUCAGUGUUGUCCCCAGGCUCCGCCGGAGGGAACAAGACUACCUGGAGCUCCCCCUGCUUCAGCCACGCUGAGCUCCAGGACCCUGGGAGCUGUCCAGGCUAGCCCCAGGCCCUCACACCCCAUCUUGGCAGCUCCCACUGCCCCAGCCACACAUCUAUCCUCAGAAGCCUCCUCUCCUCCGUCACCCUCCUGGAGGUCUGACCAAUCUGAAGUGUCCCUGGGUUCCGGACCUGUCAGCCUAAUGGAAGGUCCCCAGCAGGACCCUGCCCAUUCACUGCUGGGAGGGCUGUCAGGAGUGGAUGUGGCUGUCAUGGAGCCCACGAAGGCCCUCGAGGAGCUCCAGCCAUCAACGAGGCCCUCGGUGACCAGGCUGGCUGAGGAGGCAUCGGGUUCUCGUCACACCCACAGAACGCCCCAGGAAAUAUCUCCCAUCAUGGAGGCCUCCGGGCUGCCUGAGCGUGACCAUGGCAUCCCUGGGGAGGUGUCCAGAGGGCACCUGGCCCGGUCACCCCCAAAACUGAGUCAGGGGAUGGAAGGACUGAGAGUCACCAUCUUGCCAGGGACGGAUGCCACACUCACCACCCGAGGAGGGUGGCAACCAGACACCAGCGCCUUCCUGGGGACCUCAGGACCUGAGCCCCCUGGGAGGCCCAGGGUGGGCCCUGCAGCCCCCCUGACAGCUCUUCCAAAGAGCCCUGUGGUUUACACCGGCAAGAGGCCUGUAGCCCCAUCUGUGGGAGCCUCAGACAGAGCCCCUGAGCUGGAGUCAGCUCCCGAAGGGACUGUGGGUUGGCAUGAGUGGGGGCCACACACUCCCAGCCCUCUACUUCUGCGUGCCCUGAGCCUCCAGGCUCCUGCAGGAAGCGCAGUGCCCAGCCUGGCUGAGCCUGGAAACCCCUUCCCCACUGGUCACAGGGCCUUGCCGCCACGGGACCCAGCAGAGGCCAUGUUGGCCACCAGCCUUGAGAAUCACGGACCUCCUGAGCUUCCGAACACUGUGGAGGGGACUCUCCUGGGGAGGCCCCAGGGUGAGUCUUGGGAGUGCCCAGGAAGGAGAAGUCCUCCGGGCUGGGGCUGUAGAGGGCAAGUGAGGACUGGACUUGAGCCCUCUCUCUAGUGCAGAUCCCUGACACAUGCAUGCUCAGAGCUAUGCUGGGGUUAUUGUCACCGCUGUGUGGGGCACAUCACAGCCGUCGGCAGAGCUUGGGGACAGCAGGCACCUUGGGGGUGGGGUUCAGCAGGGUGGAUGCAAUUCCCUAGUAUGAGACCCACUCCCUAGGGCUUCAGGGGCCCGAACUCCAGGUCUCUAGAAGACCCGAGGGGAGGGGAGGAUGUGUGUGUGUCACUGCUCCCCUUUCCUGCUCACCCUUCCCCCUGUUUCCAUGGCAGAGCUGGUACCCUGAUGGCUUGGAGAGCCCCAGUGACCUUGGGUGACCCAGUGCUCCCAGGCCGCCGGCCCAGAAGCUCUGCUGCGACUGGGUCACCGCACUGGGUGCUUCCCAGAAAGGGCGGCACCCCCACCCCCUCCAGGCCAAGCCAAGGCUGCGAGUGGGAUUUGAAACGCAGCCAAGGAGAGAGAGGAGGCAACGACCACCCGGACGGGGGCUAAAUAAAUAAAUAAAUAA